CUGCAGCAGUGUGGGGCUGACAGAGUGUGUCAACUUGAGCUCUGGCUGUGCAGGCACCGCUGCUGCAUGAGCUUGUUAUUCCAUUCUGGAUUGCUAUUUUGAUACCCAGAUUGCAUCAUUCUUCCUACGUAUAAACAGGGGGUCCCCAGGGCCCUGCAGCUACUCACUUCUCCACCAACACUGUUGUUGUGAUGAGCUCUAUUUAAAUGAGCUGCCGGAUCCGGGCAGGUUCCAGCCAUACAUGAGCACUGUCAUUUUGGGGAACAUGGAGGGCUGAAGGAUUUUUGGAUCGAGUCCUAAAAGGCUGAGAGUGAUGGCCUCCUGAGCUGAGCAGAGAGCGACAGAGCUAGUUCCUGAAAGUUGAAAAUCUCCUUUCUUUCUUCUGAGCUUCUAUUCCAAGGCACCCAGAGGAUUAGGAAGGAGCUGCAGCUAGGAAGAGAGUCGCCUCUUUGAGGUCUCCCUCUUGCUGUUCAGUUUGGGAAAACUGCUGCAGCGCCUUCGAGAUAAACAGGAACAGGAGGAGUCAUCCAAGCCCUUUCUUGCAGCAGCAUCUCAGAGCUCAUCUCCUGUCCUGGGUGUAAGCGAGUGUAUCCUACCAGGGAUGUAACUGAACAUUUUUUUCUGCAGUGCUUCUCUGCUGGGCAAUUCAAGAUGGCCAGGAACUGCUCCGAGUGCAAGGAGAAGAGGGCGGCACACAUUCUCUGUACCUACUGCAACCGCUGGCUCUGCAGCUCCUGCACAGAAGAGCACCAGCAUGGCCCUGCCCCUGGGGGUCCACUUUUCCCCCCGGCCCAGAAGGGAUCUCCAGGAGUGAAUGGUAGUUCUGGGGACUUCGCCUUGUACUGUCCUCUACACACACAGGAAGUGCUUAAGCUAUUCUGCGAGACCUGUGAUGUGCUCACGUGCCAUAGAUGCCUCAUGGUGGAACACAAAGAACACAGGUGCAGACAUCUUGAAGAAGUUCUGCAAAAUCAGAGGAUGCUUCUGGAAAGUGUGACUACCCAGGUGGCUCAUAAGAAAUCCAGCCUGCAGACAUCUGCAAAGCAAAUUGAGGACAGGAUUUUUGAGGUGAAGCAUCAGCACAGGAAGGUGGAAAACCAGAUCAAAAUGGCCAAGAUGGUUCUAAUGAAUGAGCUGAACAAACAGGCCAACGUGCUCAUAGAGGAGUUGGAGGGCAUUACUAAUGAGAGAAAGCGGAAGCUGGAGCAGCAGUUACAGAGCAUCAUGGUGCUCAACCGUCAGUUCGAGCAUGUGCAGAAUUUCAUCAAUUGGGCUGUUUGCAGCAAAACCAGUAUCCCUUUCCUUUUCAGCAAAGAGCUGAUUGUGUUUCAGAUGCAGCGAUUGCUGGAGACAAAUUGUAACACAGAUCCUGGCUCCCCUUGGAGUAUCAGAUUCACCUGGGAGCCUAACUUCUGGACCAAGCAGCUGGCUUCCCUUGGCUGCAUAACCACAGAAGGUGGACAACUGUCUCGGACAGAUACCCAUGCGUAUGGAAGUUUACAGGGGCCAUCAUCCUUUUAUCAAAGCCACCAGUCUCCAGUAGCUCAGCAAGAGGCUCUUAGCCACCCCUCACACAAGUUCCACUCUCCAGCACUGUGUUCCUCGUCUGUGUGCUGUUCCCACUGCUCCCCCGUCUCACCCGCCCUUAAAGGCCAGGUCCCCCCACCCAGCAUACACCAAGCUCACAGCUUUCGGCAGCCCUCUGAGGUGGUGCCCCAGCAGCUGGGGUCACUGCAGUGCUCCACCCUGCUACCCAGAGAGAAAGAGCUGCCCUGCAACCCUCACCCACCAAAGCUGCUGCAGCCGUGGCUGGAAACCCAGCCCUCCGUGGAGCCGGAGAGCACAUCCCAGCGGCUGGGGCACCAGCUGACCUCCCAGCCGGUGUGCAUUGUCCCCCCGCAGGAUGUUCAGCCUGGAGCCCAUGCCCAGCCCACCUUACAGACACCCUCGAUCCAAGUCCAGUUUGGUCACCACCAGAAGCUGAAGCUCAGCCACUUUCAGCAGCAGCCACAGCAGCAGCUGCCACCUCCGCUACCUCUGCCACCCCCACCCCAGCAGCAGCCACCCCCACUUCUACCUCCAUCCCAGCACCUGGCUUCUAGUCAGCAUGAGAACCCUCCUGGGCCUGCCUGUUCCCAGAACGUAGACAUAAUGCACCACAAAUUCGAGCUGGAGGAAAUGCAGAAGGACCUGGAGCUUCUCCUUCAGGCUCAACAGCCCAGCCUGCAGCUGAGUCAGACCAAAUCACCUCAGCAUCUUCAGCAAACCAUUGUGGGGCAGAUCAACUACAUCGUGAGGCAGCCAGCCCCCAUCCAGUCCCAGACCCAGGAGGACACCGUGCAGGCUACAGACGAGCCCCCAGCAUCUGAAGUCCCAAAGCCAGCUCUCUCUCUUGACAAGAAUACUGCUGCUAACUUGCCCCAGUCAUCUGGGGAAGAAACCCCUCACAGUGUCCCCUCCCUGGACAACACUGCCCAGCACUCCUCUCCAAAUGUGGUGAGAAAGCACUCCACCUCUGUGAGCAUCAUGGGCUUUUCCAACACUGUGGAGAUGGAGCUGUCAUCCACGAGGCUGGCGAAGGCCCUAGAGCCACAGAUCCAGAGUGUGAGCAGCCUGACAGCUGCGCCCCUUCAGGCAGUACCAGGCCUGCUGAGUGGCCCCCCACCAACUGGGUCCAGCCUGACAAGCGGACAAAACCAGGCUCUGUCCAGCCUGACAGGCAGUCACCUGCAGACAAUGCCCAGCCUCAUGCGUGGCACAGCCCGGUCCAUGCCCAACCUGAUUAGUGAGGCCUCCCAGGCCAUCACAAACCGGGCAAGUAAUUACUGUCAGGCCGGGCCCAACCUGAUGUCUGGUCCCAGCCAGGCCGUGCCAAGCCUGGCGAUUUGUCCUCUGCAGAGUACGCCUCCGGCUUCUGACGUGCAACCCGAUACUGGAGCCAGUGGCAGUCCUGGCCCUGGCCGAGCUGCAGGGGGCCUGUGCCCUGGCGAUGGGGCUGACCCCUCCAUGGGGAACACCCUCUGUAAGAUGGAAAGUGAAGAUUCCACCCAUUUCAGUGACUCUUUGGGACAAGAUCCCACAGGCCCUGGUCUAGAUGUUUCCAAGAACUUGCCUGUCCCCUCAGAACUGGAGGAACCAAUUAACCUCUCUGUGAAAAAACCACCUGUGGUCUCAGUGGUCAAAACAUCCGUGGCUCUGCAGCAGUACCAGAACCUAAAAGAGUAUGAGAAUGUUGACCAAGGAGCCCUAGAGCUGGAUACAAAAGAGAACCAGAGUAUCAGAUCCUACAAUAGUGAGUCCAAGAUUCCCUAUGUGCGACUAGAGCGACUCAAGAUCCAUGUUUCCUCCUCGGGAGAGAUGCCUGUGUUUAAGUUGAAGCCACAGGAGAAUGAUCAGGAUGGGAGCUUCCUGUUGAUCAUCGAAUAUGGCAAUGAGUCCUCCAGCAUGUCCAUUAAGGUCAGUCAGCACACACUGCCUGAUGCCAGCCAGGCCCCAAGUCUGGGAGGAAGGAAGGUCACUGUCACAUCUCUGGGGCAGCAGUCACCAGAGGUGGAGGGGGCAUCUCCCGAAGAACACAGACUCGCUCCUCGAGCUCCUGGAGCCAAGAAGGGGCCACCAGCACCAAUAGAGAAUGAGGACUUCUGUGCUGUGUGCCUCAAUGGGGGAGAGUUGCUGUGCUGCGACCGCUGCCCCAAAGUGUACCACCUUUCCUGCCACUUGCCAGCCUUGCUCAGCUUCCCAGGGGGAGAUUGGGUGUGUACCUUGUGCCGCAGCCUGACCCAGCCCGAGAUGGAGUACGACUGUGAGAAUGCCCGCUAUAACCAGCCUGGAAGCUGGGCUCCUCCUGGCCUGGGCAUAUCUGACCAGAAGAAGUGUGAGAAGCUGGUACUGUCCUUGUGCUGCCAUAGCCUCAGCCUGCCUUUCCACGAACCGGUCAGCCCUCUGGCCCGGCAUUACUACCAGAUCAUCAAGAGGCCCAUGGACCUGUCAAUCAUCCGGAGGCGGCUGCAGAAGAAGGAUCCAGCUCACUACACCACCCCGGAGGAGGUGGUGUCAGACGUGCGCCUCAUGUUCUGGAACUGUGCUAAGUUCAAUUAUCCUGAUUCUGAGGUUGCAGAGGCCGGCCGCUGCCUGGAAGUAUUCUUUGAAGGCUGGUUGAAGGAGAUCUACCCAGGGAAACAGUUUGCCCAGCCGAGGCAAGAAGACUCAGACUCUGAGGAGGUGUCUAGUGAGAGUGGCUGUUCCACUCCCCAGGGCUUCCCGUGGCCCCACUACAUGCAGGAGGGCAUCCAACCCAAGAGGCGGCGGCGACACAUGGAGAAUGAACGAGCAAAAAGAAUGUCUUUCCGCCUGGCCAACAGCAUCUCCCAGGUGUAGAUCUGGCAGGAGACAGAACUCUGGCAGAUGGUGCCGCAUCCUGUUGACCACUCCUCCCCACCUUUCAGCUCAUUCUCUUCAGAUUGUGGAUGUGAGACAAGUCUUGUCGAGCUGGUGUAGUGCCCUUCUUUGCCAUUUGCAUCUUACAGCAUUUAUUUGGGAGCCAUAGUGCAUCUACUACAGAGAAGAUUUCAGUAAUAAACUGCAAAGAGGGAAUAUUCCCUAUUACCAGAUGUAUAGGGUAACUUGACAAGACCAAGCCUGCUCAGGCUUGGGGGGACCUACCUUCCUUGGUGAGUCCUUGCUGCUGAGGAAAGCAAACUUUCCUCACCUUUCAGUGCAGGGCUCAGGAGCAGUGUAUAUAUCUGAACUCCUCUUGGGCUCAAAAGAGGGUAAAGAAGGGAGAGAGGUUCUGACAUAUGGCAGGCCUGUGAUCCCUGGUCCAGCACAGCCAAAGACUGUCACUGUUUGCCUUUGCUUGGCCUGCCGGGACAGAGGCACCAGCCCUGGGCAGGGUGAUGGGGGCUUCUAGAGGCCAGAGGUCUCAAUUGGUGCCUAUUCGGGUUCUAACGGUUUUCAGGGUAUUUGUUUUCCAUGCCCCCUUCCUGAUGUUGAUAGGUGGCUGCUGUGCACAUGCUCUGGGGAGUAUGGCAUUCUUGAUGGGGCUGGUGGCUGUGUAGGGACCACUUACAUCUUCAGGUUCAGAUUUCACUGAGCUUUAGAAGAUGUCAACUUCAGAGCUAACUCUCUGUGCUACUCACUCUGGGCUAAGAGCUCUUCUUUGGUGUCAGAACCUGCCUUCCUAGAGAUGAUUGUUGGUGGCUACCCCUUCAUUAUCUCCAUUUUGAGGUUUGGAUCCCAAGUUCUGCUUGGGAAUCUGUGAGGCAGCUGCUUCUGGUACAGAGUUUCCUGACCCACGACCAGCUCACUCUGUUGGGCCUCUCCUCUUGCUUAGAGAUCCUAGUCCUCAACCUGUCCAUGUUUACAGAGCCAAAGAUCGGAAGUGAGUCCUCUGACUUGCCUGCCCUUGGGGCUGUCCAUGGCCCAGAAACAGCCAAGUCUCUACUGGCAGCUCUUUCUUCUUCUUCUUUUUUUUUGGCAGUUGAAGAAGGCCAGAGUGACUGGCAGGAGCCGGACCUAAGCAUUCACGGGGAAGUUCUGUCUAGGAUGGAGAAGGGGAAAGCUGAGAGGCAAAAAUCCAGUACCCUUCAGUGACCCUGAAACCACUUCAGGACUUGACUUCUCCUUGAAAGCAGAGAGAAGAGUUCUAGAAGCCACGAGAACAGGAACAGAGCUCCGAGCUGCAUCUCAGAUGGACCUUCAUGGUCCAUUCAGGGUGUUUGGGAGGAAGAGGCACAGGCGGAUGCUGGAGGUCAGGCCACCUCGCCAGCAAAGGCUUGCUCAGGAAAGAACCUAUUGCUGAUGUUGUGGGGAGCUGUGGACCUGGUCCUUUAGUGGCCUAGAGACACAGCUCUCCUCGGUCCUGUCCUGGUUUGGCUAAUUUCAGAGGGUCUUAGGUCAUAGUUUUAUUUUUACUAAGAGAUGCAGUUUAAGGAAGUUCUUGUUUGUAGGGUCUUUGUUGACAGGAACAUUUUGAUCAGAGAAAAGAUUUCUUCUCUCCUUGUGAGUUGGCACUGCUCAUUUCCUUCCCCAGGCUGGAGGGUCAUCUUCACCUCACAGCAAACCAUGCCCAUUAACUUGCCAUCCUUUCACCAGCACUUGCCAAGCUCUCCUAAGCAGGUGGGCUUCCACUUCCUGUUUUCUAGUUUGGGGUAACUAAGUCUUGAAUACUCCAGUAGCCAGGCAGUCUUUGGACUUAGCCCUCUGCUCUUUGAGGCUCACAUAAUUUUCUGGUUUGGGCUUUGGGCACUUCCCUUUCAAUUUUUGAAUCUUUUCCUCUGUUUGGUUGGCUUGGCAAGGUUCCCUCUGUAAUUACCUCACUAACUUCUGUUCUUGGCAGUUUUUCCUGUGUGUGGCCCACAUUCCCACCUCCCCUAAGAGAGCUUCAUGGUGCUUUGUGUUGGGCAGCCAGGUGAAGGCUGUGACUGGCUCAAACUUGAUUUAAGAUCCUUCCCAGGACCAGUUGGAGACCACAAAUAUGACGCAGAAAUGCCUGGUCAGAUGCUUUGCUUUUUGUCUAUCAAUGAAGCUUCCAGCUUGGGUAUAGCAUGAUGGGCCCAGGGAUCAGCCUGCUGGGCCAGGGGACCUCAGUAUUGUAGUAGAGAGUCACACAUUCCCUUCUUAUUACAGAUACUCUGCAUGCUGAGAUGCUCCCUUUAGGCACCUGACCUGGGAAGGGCAAAAGGUAGGGUGCUCUUCCCUCCACAGUUCAAGGCCCUGGCCCACCAUCUCAUCCCUGCACUGCUUACCUGAAAGCACUGUCCUCUCUCUGGCUUUUCCUGUGUGCUUAUUACCAAUGUUGUGAGUCAUGGUUAUGUUUUGUUUUUGCAUGCAGAAAACAGAUCAUGACUUUUUAGAAAAACAGUUUUUUAAAAAGCUACUAGCUGAGUGAUUGACUUCAGUGGCUCUGCAAACAUUUGAGCAAAUUCUGCUUUUGACUUGGUUCUACAGUGGCCCCAUUUUGAAGUCAGUCACGUGCAUUGGCUCUUGACAAAGUCAGGAAUUGAAGGUACAGUGAGUUCUGGAUUCUUAUGGUACAGAAUGCCAUCCUAUAGAAGAACCUGGGCUUCUUGGGUGUGCUGAGGAACAGGUGAGCGGAGUGGCUUCGGUUGAUGUGAAGGGGAUUUUAGUGCAAACUGGUGCAGGAUGAACCUUCAGAGCACUAUUCCAGAGCAUGGGUAGGUUGGUCCUGCCUGACUUCUAGCAGUUGCCAACUACACCCUCUGCAGGUACCCCGAGUGGCAGCCACCAGACCCUCUGCAGCCUUUGCUGUGUGUAGGCCCUGCCAUGAACCUCGGCGCACUCCAGCUCCCUGUACCCGUUUCUGGCAACGGGCCCUUGCCUUGCUCCUAAAACCAAGGCCCCUUCUUGUUUGUUCCUGGGCUCUGCUCUAUUUGCUCUCUCGGUUCAUGGUAUCACGUAGAGCAGUGAUGGCGAACCUGUGACACGCAAACUCAUUUUUUUGGUUGAUUUUUC